AGCACAAGGCCUGUUUGCAUUCCAGGAUGAAGUGCAGGUGGGAAGAGAAGUGUGGAUUCACCGUGGGUAUUUCCCAAGGCUGCCGGGACACCGGGAAGGGCUCCCCUGCCCUUUUCCUGCCCAGCUGGGAACACCAGCCUGGAGCUGGGACUGGGAACAAACACCGUGUGCCCGCCAACCCCCCAGUCCCUCCCACUCCUGAUCUGCCCAAAACCUCCCUGGAGCUCCGUUCCCAGCAGGGAACACCCUGCCCAGCUCCCCGGGCUGCUCGGGACGCUCCGGCCCUCACGGCCAGCCCGGCAGCCGGCCAAGGGCUUUUUAUCAACUGGCACCCAAAAGUCAAUAAGGAAGAUGCUGCCUGUUUUAAUUAACAGCAAUUUCGCUCUGCCGGGGGCGAGCCAUGUGCCCUGGGGGAGGGAGGGAGGCCGGAGACAAAACAUGACCUUGUUGGUGCAGCACACACAGCGGGACAUUGUUUUCCCCUCGGAGUCUGGCCUUGGAUGCUGCCGGGCUCGUGGCACAGCUGGGUGCUGGGGACAGGGGGUGCUGCCAGCCCCGGUGGCUCCGGAGCAGCCCUGGUGGGAGCAGGGUGACUGGGAAAGCGCAGAGUUGGGGAUGUGGCAGCUGGGAGCUGCCCUCGGGGAGUGCUGGAGGCUGGGGAUGGCACAAAAAGGGAUUUUGGGAGCCCUCAGCGGGAUCCAGCGGUGGCUGCAGGGAGUGGAUCCCCCUGGCACUGCCAGGGCCUGGCACGGAUCCUGCGGGCCCCAGGCCAGUGCAAACAACCCAACGCUUCAGUCCCGCUUUCCUUUCCCCUCGGUUCCCCUAUUCCGGGAAAUCAGAGAGGAGGAAAAACCCAGAGGGGAAAAACCUCCCUGAGCGGGUGCCAGGCUGCUCGGGAGGGGGGUGUGACACGGGGCACGGCCUGUCCCCACUGCAGGACUGUCCCCACUGCAGGACACCCCGGGGAUGGUGGGGCUGGGGUGAGCAGGACCCUGGAAUGAGCAAAACCCCGGGAUGAGACACCCUGGGGUGACAGAACCACGGAGUGACAGGACCGAGGCCAGCUGCACCAGGACAGUCCUGGGGGGGACAGAAAGGGACCGAGUGGCACCGUGGGACCCUGCUAGGGGUGACAGGGCUGGGGAGAACGGCCAUGUCAUCUCCAACGGGGACAUGACGCCCAAGGCGGGGGUCGAGGCGACCCCCCAGAACGGGACCGGCUCGGCGGAACCCCCCAAGGAGGAGAGCGAGGCCGAGGCGGGCGCUGCCGACAGCAUCGAGCCCGCCCCGGCCGCCGCCGAGCCCGCGGGGGACGGCGCCGCGACCCCCAAGGACGCCCCCAAGAAGAAGAAGAAAUUCUCCUUCAAGAAACCCUUCAAGCUGAGCGGGAUCUCCUUCCGCAAGGGCAAGAAAGAGGCCGGCGACUCCUCGGGCUCCUCGCCCACCGAGGAGCGGGGCGGCAGCUCGGAGAGCCCCCCGGGGGGGCUGCAGCCCUCGGCUCCCCCCGAGGAGCAGCCGGGAGAGCCCCAGGAUGGAGGAGAAGCCGCGGGCAGGCGGGAGGAAGAGGAGGAGGAGGAGGAGAAGAAGCAGCAGCGCAGAGGCACCCGGGGGCUCUGGGCUUUGGGGGAGCAGCGCCCUGAGGGUAUCAGGGAUGGGUGA